AUGACUCGCCAGACGUCUCUUGACUCCGAGCGACCCAUCAUGACGAACUCGAACCGCAAUUCCAAGCGAUUCUCCACUAUUAGUGGAAGUCCCUCGCUCGCUGCUUCCGAACGCACUAUUGGAAGCCUGCCCAGUGGAGACCCUCGAGUCGCUGACAUCACCCACCUCGGCGAUGGUCUGGAGCGCCUAGAGAACAAACCCCUGCAGGCGCAACGCUUCGUGCCCACCGCCGAAAAGUCCGACAACCUGAACAAGCUGGCACUCGGAGCCAAGGUGGAGCGCGCCCUCGGACGACGGAUGACCAGUCAGGAUGCCGUCAUGCGCAAGCCUGUGAUCAGUGAGAAGGCUUCUGCGAGCACUACCGCUUAG